AUGAUGAAGCACACAACAUUUUCUUUGAUCAUUACAUUUUUUGCCACCUUGUUCAUUACUGGGGUACAGGGGUUACGUUUUGACAUUCCUGCAACGUCUACCCCGGAACCAUUCUGUGUUCGUGAUUUUGUUAGUGAAGGUCAAUUAGUUGUUGUUAAUGUGAACUCAGAUGGAUCUGUGGGUGAUGGACAAGUUUUGAAUCUUGUUGUUCGUGAUUCUUCUGGUAAUGAAUACCGUAGAAAGAAAGAUUUUGCAGGAGAUCUUCGUGUUGGAUUUACUGCUCCUUCAAGUACAUCAUUUGAUGUCUGUUUGGAUAAUGUGUCCCAAUUGAAAGGUAGAUCUAUGAGUAGAGCCAUUGAGUUAGAUAUUGAAAGUGGGUCAGAAGCUCGUGAUUGGAAUGAAAUUAGUGCUAGUGAAAAACUAAGGCCUAUUGAAAUUGAAUUAAGAAGAAUUGAAGAACUAGCUGAUGAAGUUGUUGAUGAAUUAACUUACUUGAAAAAUAGAGAGGAGAGAUUAAGGGAUACCAACGAAUCUACUAAUGAUCGUGUUAGAAAUUUUUCCAUAUUGGUCAUUGUUGUUUUAAUAUCACUUGGUGUGUGGCAAAUUAAUUAUUUGAGACAUUAUUUUAAGACUAAGCAUAUUCUUUGA